AAAAAAAUAUAAUAUUUUUGUUUAUAUAUAAAAUACAGGAGGGAGUUCAAGAAAAACUGAAAAAGGUAAGAGGAGGGGCCCCAACACACACACAACACAAAUCCUGCUCCUCAUUUUUGGGGUGAUAGCUAGCUUAGCUUUGAGGAUCAUAAUGAAUGAUAGUAUAGUAUAGUAUAGUAUAGUAUAGUAGUAGUGUAUUAGUGAUGGUAGUUUCUACAAAAUUCAUCAUAUGAACUUUACCUACUGUCUUGCAAGUAUCACCAAACAGCUACAGUACAGGAGAGCAAUUUUUGGAGUGAUAAAUGAACUUGCAGAUGGAUUGGAACUUGGAAUGAAUAUAGCUACCAUAAGUACUAAGUCACAUCUCAUGUAGCCAGCUACUACUAGCUAGCACAGAAAAUUCAGUGUCAUAAAUUAAAGAAUCCAAAAUAGUUACCAUCAUUUUCAAGAAUCAUUAAUCAACAAUCUUUUCUACUACAACAGUUGUCAUAAAUUAUUUAACAUGCAGGAUCUUUUUCAAGUUAGAAAUGCCAAUUAUUCAUCACCAGAAAUCUCCAACUUCUUAAUUACUUCAAAUCCUUUGGAGUAUCAAGAACUAGGUGCAAGUACAGCAGAACCAAAUAGGUUAAUAAUGCAUCAGCAUCAUCAGCAACACUAUGGUUCAUUUCCUCAUUCUCCUCAACACAAACAACAGUACUGUUCUGAGCUUAUAAGUGAUUUUGGAAAUUGUAGAAACAGAACUGUUCCACAUCAAGUCAUUGUCACUGAUUGGCUUCUAAAUGGUGAAAUGCAUCAGAAUCAUUCCCUGCAAGAUAUUGUCAAUAAUAGGCCAGACUCAAACAUGGCAUCACUCAUGCAUCAUAAUGCAGGUCAAGGAAAUUGUGUAGGAAAUGCUUCUGAAAGUGAACUUCAACAAAAUCACUUAAAUUUUGGAUGGAAAAAUCAAACUGAUUCAAAUAAGCAAAGCUUAUCAUUAUCACUUUCGUCAAAUGUUUCUAAAAACAAGGCUUAUAAUGUUUCUCAGUUUGAUCAAGUGGGAACUUCAACUUCAAGAGAUGAAUUUCAAACUAUGAAGUAUGUGAAGCCUUCAAUCAUUUCUAAAGAUUGUGGAAAAUCACUUCAAGACAUGGUAGUUGGAAUGAUACCAAAUUCAAAGAUUAGUACUGUUGGUCCACUUGGUCCUUUUACUGGUUAUGCUACUGUUCUUAAGAAUUCAAGAUUCUUAAAGAUUGCUCAAAAUUUGUUAGAUGAGUUUUGUUCAAAAUUUGUGACAACUUAUGAUGUUUUAGAAACUGAGUUUGCUUCUAAAGGAAGUAAUUAUUCAUGUUCUUCAUCAUCUAUGUUUCAUAGUGCUGAUUUGGUGGCUAGAAGUAACUUUGGUGUUUCUAUGAGACCAGAUUAUCAACAGAUUAAAACUAAGCUUAUGUGCAUGCAAGAGGAGGUCAGCAGGCGAUACAAGCAGUACCAUCAACAAAUGCAAAUGGUUUUUGUAUCAUUUGAAUCAGUAGCAGGUCUUAAUUCAGCUACUCCUUACAUCACCUUAGCUAUGAAGUCAGUAUCAAAACACUUCAAGAGCUUAAACAAUGCUAUUUCAAAUCAGCUUAAACUUAUAAGCGAAGUCUUGCGAAAUGAUUCAUCGAUACCAACCACAAACAACAGUAGCAAACUAAUUGACACUAAUGUGGCAAGCCUAAAGUGCGUGGACCAAAACCUACAAAAGAACAAACCUGACAAGGGUCCAGCAGGUUUUCAUGAUCCACAACUACAGCAUGUUUGGAGGCCUCAAAGAGGUUUUCCCGAACGUGCAGUGGGGAUCCUUAAAGCUUGGUUGUUUGAGCAUUUUCUUCAUCCUUAUCCAACAGACAUUGACAAACACAUGUUGGCCACUCAGACAGGACUUUCGCGAAACCAGGUAUCGAAUUGGUUUAUCAAUGCUCGAGUUCGUGUGUGGAAGCCGAUGGUUGAGGAAGUACACAUGCUUGAUAAAAAAACAACAGAUACCGGUGAGAGUUCCAGUCCAAACGAGGGAACUUUUGGCACUGUAGGUAGUUCUAACCAGCUCCGAAUGGAUAAGGCAUCAAACAAGUACGUUAUGCAAUCAAUACCUGAAGACCAAAUUCAAUAUAUGGAAUUUGGUUCAAUAUCUAUAGAUACAAAUGCAGAGGAAAAUGAAGCGGAACAAUGGAGACAAGAGAAGCGGUCGAAAUUGGAAUGCGGAAUGAGUUCAAGAAUGGAUGGAACAUUGAUGGAUUUUUUACCAUAUAGACAUAGUGGACAUGAUGUUGUGCAAUCACUUGGAUUGGAUCUGUUUCAUUGACAUUUGUGUCAUAUAUAUUUAGUUUUUCUUGUUUUGUCGAACUAGCAUCAACUAAGUAGUUAUUGUACUCGAAGAAAGUGUCUAUCGUCAAUUUGUCAUUGGAUUUUCAAACAAUUUUCAACGGCCGGUCUAACAUGGACCACCUAUGAAAUCAUCAUA